AUGGUCGAUACGGUUUAUGUGGCCCGGCACGGCUUCCGGAUGGCCAUUACGCAUUUUAAUGCGGCGAAUCAGCUGCCUCGCGACCCGCCGCUGACGGCGCAUGGCGAGGGACAGGCACGCAAGAUGGCCGACUUUUUCGCGUCGCUGCCGAAGGACGAGCAGCCGCAACUCGUGAUCAGCUCGCCGUUUUCACGCUGCAUCACGACGGCCAUGCCGACGGUCGAGCGCUUGGAUCUCGAGCUGGUGAUCGAGCCUGGCCUUGCCGAGUGGUUCCCCCCGGUGUGGCCGACGGACACUGGUGUGCAUCCGUCGCCGCCGCGUGCCGAUCAAGUGAAGGACUACUUUCCCCGGGUGUCGACGCGCUGGACGCCGCUCAUGUACCCCGACCCUGAGGGCGAGACGAUCGCGGACGUGCACCACCGCAUGUACGCGUGCUUCGAGCGACUGAACCGCCGGUGCGAGGAGUGGGGCAUCCACCGCGUCCUGCUCGUCUCGCACGCCGCCUCGAGCAUCGCGCUGGGCCGCAUGCUACUGACGGCCGGCCAGGUCGAGCACGCGAAGCACGAUAUCCGCGCCGGUACGGCGAGCGUGAGCAAGUAUGCGUACGAAAACGGCCGGUGGAAACAAGAGUACAAUGGCAAUACAUCCUUCCUACCUGGAGGGUCCGAACGUGAAUGGGACUUUGGCUACGUUCCCGAGAACAACACAGAGCCGGGCAUGGGGGUCGGUUGGACCGACCGGUACGCGCCCAAAGAUACCUCGCUUAUUUACCGCGCGCGAUCGCGUCUGUAG